ACAUGACCAUUGAUUGAACUAGUCUAGUACAAAGCAAAGGUUAACCUCUCACCAAAACCAGAUCUCUGGCCCUGGCUUUUUCACUCUGCCCUAGCUUUCUCACUCUGCCCUGGCUUUCUCACUCUGCCCUGGCUUUUUCAUUCUGCCCUGGCUUUCUCACUUUGCCCUGGCUUUCUUGAUGCAAACAGGCACAUGCCAUCAUCAAACAGCGGAGAGUAUGGCACCGCCACGAGCCGCGCGCGUCGUCAAGUUUCUCAAAACGCGAGGCAUCAACGUGCGGGUCAAGUCGACGACAACCGACGAGUUCUUAUCGAAGCUCCAGGUCAGCGACAUCACCAUUGACGCCGCCGUCUUUGGGGCCUACCUGUCAGGCGAGACGGGCGGCGAAUCCAUCGAGCGCUUCGUCAAGACCCGGGGCCUUCCGCUCCCGUCGCCAUGCACGGCCGAGCAGGCGGCCCAGUUUCUAGCCGUCUUCCCGCUGCGCAAGCUUUCCCAGGGCCCAAAACAGGGCAAAUACGCGCUCACGCCCUGGGAGUCGGCCGACCUGCUACUCCCGCUCGCACGCUGGCCCAAGGUCAACGCGGACCGCCUCGCCGUCGCGCGCAUGUUGCUCGAGUGCAACGGCGCCGACCCCGACUGCACCAUCCCUAAAUUCCAGCACUGGGCCCGCUGGGAACCCAACGAAGCGCACCUGGCGCCGCUGCAUCUGGCCGCCGACCACGGCGACCGCGCCAUGGUCGAGCUGCUGCUAGAGUUCGGAGCCACCCCCGAUAUCCUAGACACGCUGUCGCGCACCCCCGGCGAUUUCGCGGCCAGGAAUGGCCAUGCCGACAUUGUCGAGAUUUUGAACAGGGCAAAGAUGGGGCCGAAGAAGGCAAAGACGGGGCCGCCGAAGAAGGCAAAGACGGGGCCGCCGAAGAAGAAAAAGACGGCUGUGAAGAAGCAGGCGAAGAAAAGGGGAGGGACUGCUGUUGUAAGCGACGAGGAAGAGAAUGAAGGGGAGAAAGGGCAAGUGGAAAAAACGCCGGUGAAAAAGGUGCAACAAGGGAAGAAGUUGGGCGUGGCUACAAAGACGCAGGACAAUAAACCCUCAAUGGGAAUUGUCAAGAGGCGGGGAAGAGUCGGAUCAAAGAAGUAGCAGGGGGUGUGGUUAAGCCUUUUGACCUGGCGUUUAAGCUUUUGACCACCCGUGCUAGAUUGACUCCCAUUGUUUCCGUGGCGGCGUGUGACAAUCGACAAUUCAUCCCGUGAUCAAGCUCCGUUGCGAGGCUAGAAGGGUACUUGGGCAGCCUAGCACCUGCCACGUUUGCGCAUGUACUGCCCUAUCCUUGUCCCGUCGCUAUUGCUGCAGACUAUGGGGCGCGCGAUUCUCCUGGGAUGGAAUUAAAAGUGGAGCCGUAAAGGCGGAUGCCUAAAGAAGUGUCCUAUUGUCUCAAAGACGCCAUGCAC